CUAUAAAGGCAGCGUAGCUGUCCUCAUCCUCACCAAAUCUUCCAGUGGCUUCCAGAAGAUCCCUUCAUCUACUGAACAGGAUAAUUAACCGCCAUGGCGAUUUUGCCUGUUAUCUCUCUUCUCUAUGCCAUGUUUGCUUUGAGCAUGGCUUCAGAGGCUGUGUCUGAUGGUCCAGGUGAUUCUGAGGCGUCUCCAGAGCUGACCGGUGUGGACAAACGUGCUGUGUGUCAGAGUGGAUGGAGUAGAUGUGGAAAUCGCUGCUUUAAGUUGUUCAGUAACAAGCUUACUUGGUCUGAGGCAGAGGGACAUUGCGUGCGUCAGAGAGGUCAUCUUGCAUCCAUCCACAGCAGGACUGAGGCAGAAUUUGUAGGGAGAUUGACAAAUAAUAAGGACUGGACGUGGAUUGGGGCUGGGGGAUCCUUUGAGGGUCACACAUGGUACUGGACUGAUGGCAGCCCAUUUGACUACUCCAACUGGGCUGCAUGGGAGCCUAAUAACUAUCGUGGAAACGAGCACUGCGGCCACACCAACUUCAUAAGUACUGGUGUUUGGAAUGAUCUUCCCUGUCACGAGCGUCGCCCUUUUGUGUGCGCCAAGUGAUCAGGCAUCUUGUGUGGAGCUCCACCCACAACCUGUGAUUUGAAGCCUUCUUUCCUUCCUUCCUUUGAAAUUAUAACACAACAUUGAGCAGUAGGGCUCUUAGAGAUCAGUCACGGGUGGUGUGUGUGUUUGUGUCUAAGAUCUGUGUGUUUGAGUGUGCUGGGGGAAGUCCAGUGGUUAUGACACCUGGCAGCCACUUGUGCAGUCAUCACCCUUGUGUGCACCACACACACCUGUGUAGUCAUCACCCUUGUGUACUCCACCUGAGACUGCAGCCAGUCCAGACCAACAGGUGUUGGUGUACCUCCUGCUGAAUUCCUUCUUCUCUUUCAGUUCAAUCUUUUACUGUCACAAUUCACAAAUCUAAUCAAUAAAUGCAGCAUCAAAAGACAA